UAUUAUGGGUGUGCAACUGACAGAAAACGGCGAGCAACGGAACGAAAUGUUUUUCGAGAUGUACUGGCAGUACUUCGUGGCCGGACUGGUGCUUUGGUUAACAGUCAAACUUGGACUCUACAUGAAGAAAAGCAGAAGCACUGAGACAAUUGUGGAAGAUAAGCAGACCAAAGCUCAUAGAGUAUCGAGAAACGACUCGGAUUCUGAGUCGUCACCAGAUGACGAUCUUUGUCCGGCUUUACCGUUAGACCUAAAGCAUAUCCCUCUGAAUUUCAGUAAGAUCCCUCAAGAAGAAUCACUAAAACGCUCAGAAGAAUUCUAUCAGCUGAUGAACAGAAGAAGAACCGUUCGUCAUUUCAGUACGAAGGGAGUACCCAAAGAAAUAAUCCGCAAUAUUAUCAAAACUGCUGGUACUGCACCUAGUGGUGCUCACACAGAACCUUGGACCUACGUGGUGGUGAGCGAUCCAGAAACCAAACGAAAAAUUCGAGAAAUCAUCGAAGAAGAGGAGGAGAUAAACUACAAGAAACGAAUGGGAAAAGUGUGGACUACCGACUUGAAGCCCUUAAGGACCAACUGGGUGAAGGAGUACCUCACUGACGCUCCUUACCUCAUUUUGGUGUUCAAGCAGACCUACAGCUUAAAACCGGACGGCGGCAAGAAGAUCCACUAUUAUAAUGAGCAAAGCGUGUCUUUGGCAGCGGGUAUUUUACUAGCAGCCAUACAGAAUGCUGGAUUGGUCUCACUUACUUCGACCCCGUUGAACUGCGGGCCUGCCCUCAGGGCGCUCCUGCAACGACCAAUUUCUGAGAAACUGACCCUCCUGCUACCAGUGGGUUACCCCGCGGAGGCCUGUUUGGUUCCUGACCUCACCAGAAAGCCACUGGAUGAUAUAUUAGUGGAGUUUUGAUUGGACGUGAUGUGUAGGUUUAGGAUUUUGAUGUUUUAUUUAAGUGGAUUGCUAAUAAAGUUCACUUUUUGAUCAUU